CGACUUGUUUUCAGAGCUACCUAGUCGGCGAUCCUCCCUAAGUGCGGUGCCUCCGUCGGGGGCUGCCUGUACCUUACCCCCCUCCGCGGGCAGUGGUUGUGCCCAGGGAACUUUUUCCCCUUCCCCACCCCCGACCGUGAGCAGAAUGGUUGUGCCCAGGGAGCCCCCCCCCCCUCCGGGCUCCAGCUGGGUGGUUGCGCCCAGGGCCCCACCCCCACCCCCAGGCCGCGGGCUGAGUGGUUGUGCCCAGAGAACCCGCCUCCAGGCCACGUGUGCGCCCCGGCCACGCUUUCCGCAGCGAGGGAGGGGCUUGGUCCUGGCGGCGGGUUUUCUGGACUGGUUUGGGGCUGGAGCGGCUCCGGCCGGAGUCCUCGCCCCCUCGGUGCCCGAGUCUCCACCCUAUUCCCCUCAGGUCGGCCCGGCUCCCGGCUCCAUGGCUUCCCGCGGCAGGAAGCGGAAGGCCGAAGCGGACGUGGUCGCGGCGGCGGAGAAGCGGGAGAAGCCGGCGGGCGACCGGAAGAGAGUGGAGGAGGCGACCGUCGUGAUCGAGCAUUGCACGAGCUGACGCGUCUACGGGCGCAACGCCGCGGCCCUGAGCCAGGCGCUGCGCCUGGACACCCCGGAGCUUCCGGUGGAAGUGAAUCCUGCCAGGCCUCGGAGGGGCAGCUUCGAGGUGACGCUGCUGCGCCCGGACGGCAGCAGUGUGGAGCUCUGGACUGGGAUUAAGAAGGGGCCCCCACGCAAGCUCAAGUUCCCUGAGCCUGAAGAGGUGGUGAAGGAGCUGAAGAAGUACCUCUCGUAGGGUGUUUUGAGCAGAAGUCCUCACGCUGAGCCUUCGGUCCCUGGUGACGUUUGGAGCAUUUAUGACGGGACAUGGCCAAAUUUCAGUCAUGUGCCUGAAGCCCUGGUUUCUUCCCCUCCAGAAAUGAUGGUUCAGUUGUGAGGCAGCCCUCUAGUAAGGCACUGAAAAGUUCUUGGAUUUGGUUUGCCUAAUAAAAAUUGAAACAAA